AUGGUCUCGGACAAGUCGCUGUUCACGGCCUAUCGCCACAUCGCUCCUACGAAGAUUGGUGGUAUUGCAGGGGGCAUCAACGCCGUCGGAACGGGAAACAUCGCCUUUGUUGCCGCCUCCGGUCACCCGAUCACGCUUACCGGCGUGUUGCACACCCCGGGCCUGUCUGUCAACCUCCUCUCGGUCUCUCGACUUUGCGACACCGACGAUGUCCGUGUCGCCUUCACGAAGCACGGCAUCCAUAUCGACAAGAACGGCAAUGCUAUCGCUGAAGGCGCAAGACUCGAGGAAGGGCUCUACUUGCUGGACGCUGAUCAUUCCAAAUGUCAGCAUCUCGCUCUCCUCUCUCGCUCACAGUCUUCCGUGCCCCUGCUGACCCUUCACCGCUGCCUCGGCCAUCUCGCACCGUCGUCCAUACAGAAGAUGGUUGCCGCUGGUUUGCUGGAAGGUCUCGGGGCCGGAUAUAGUGACGAAGAGGUAGAGAAGUUUGUCUGCAAUGCUUGCCUCAGUGCAAAGGGCCAUCGUCUUCCUUUUCCCGAUUCGGACUCGCACUCCUCAGAGAGACUCGGCCUCGUACACAGCGAUGUGCUUUCCUUUCCCGAGUCGUCCUUGACUGGCAAGCGUUACCUGGUCACGUUUCUUGACGACUUCUCGCGCAAACUGUGGGCAUACGCGAUCGGACACAAAAGCGAAGUCUUUGGCGUGUUCAAGACAUGGCUUGCCGAGGUCGAACUCGAGACGGAUGCAAAACUGAAGGUCCUCCGAACCGACAAUGGUGGCGAAUACUGUUCGAGAGCGUUCACGGAAUUCUGUAAGGCACGCGGCACACGUCGACAAUACUCUAUCCCUCGAACGCCUCAACAGAACGGUCGUGCCGAACGAGUCAAUCGUUCUAUCGUCGAAGGUGUCCUUGCCCUCCUUGCAGACGCCCACUUACCCAAAUCAUUCUGGGAGGAGGCAGCAGCUUAUUUCGUCUACUGCAAGAACCUGUGCGAACACUCGGCCCUGGACAAGGCAACACCGAACUUCGCCUGGCAGGGCGACCGCACCAACGCCUCGGCGCUUCACCCGUUCGGCUGCACGGCUUGGCUCACAGUCGCGCCUGAACUUCGCUCGAAACUCGACCCGAAAGCGGUUCGCGUUCUCUUCACCGGCUAUGACCUGGCUUCUAAAGCCUUCCGUUUCUACGACACGACGACCAAGAAGAUCAGUUUGGGCAGAAAUGCCAGGUUCCUCGACAACGAAUUUCCCGGGUUACGUAGCGACUCCACCGAGCAAGACGCCGACACGCACUUCGCCAGCGCUUGCCCGACCACCGAAUCCCAAGCCGUUGUCAAGACAUGGACCCCACUAGUAAGGUCGGCGCACAUGGACGUCUCAUCCUCUCUUGAUGACUCUGCCAUGAGCGCCGUUGACGUGGCCCCAGGGUACACUGGCGGAACCUUACUUAAUUCCACAGAUGCCGAAUCGUCCUCGUCACCGUCUCCUGAGCCGUCCUCGUCACCGUCGCCCGCAACUCCCUUGUCACCGUCGCCUGCGCUGUCACCGUCGUUGGCUGCGUCAUCGUCACCCUCGGCCUUACCGACCGACUCUGACUACUCCGCCGACCCUCUGGACCUCAUCGGCUCACAGACCCCGACUCGCCUCGGCCCACCGGACGUGCACCGCCCAGACUUCAGCACGUACCGUGAGCCCGCAUCGGCUGAGGAGUCGCCCGACGAACUCGACAUCAUUGGGCGCCACUCGCGCGAUGAAUCGCCGGACGAAAUCGAUUUCCUCACCCAACACCACCGCGCCUUCAUCGCCACCGACGACGACAACUCUGACACAGAAGCCAUUCAACCAGUCAAGUCCAUCACCAGCGACCCACAGACAUGGCGCGAGGCAAUGUCGAGUGACAAGCGCGAAGUGUGGGCCAAGGCCGCUACCGACGAGUUCAAUUCCAUGCGCGACGACUUCAAGGUCUUCACCAUCGAGGACCGAUCCACGGUACCAGCGGGUGCGACCAUCGUCACAUCCAAGUUCGUCUGGAAAACGAAACGGAAUGCACUCGGCGAAGUCACCGGCCACAAGGCACGGCUCGUGGCGCAGGGAAAUCGGCAACGCGACGGCAUCGACUUCAACGAAACCUUCGCACCAGUCGCACGCUUCUCCUCGAUACGCUCACUCCUCGCGCUGGCGGCCGCCAACGGCUUGCACGUGCACCAGGCGGACAUCGACAAAGCCUAUCUGCAUGGCGACCUUGACCAUGACAUCUGGAUGACGACACCGCGCGGCUUCGACCUUCCCACCGACAAGGUGCUUCGUCUGCGACGCUCCAUCUACGGACUCAAACAGGCUGGCCGAAUCUGGAAUCGACACAUCGACGCAUCGCUUCGAGAUCUCGGCUAUACGGCGACGGGCACCGACCACUGCGUGUACUCUCGGAUCGACGAUCGGCGACGCCCACACUACAUCGCGCUGUACGUCGACGACCUCCUGAUGAUCAGCCCCGACUUGGCCGAAAUUGAACGUGUCAUCUCGGGCCUCGAACAACGCUACGGCGUCAAGCGCCUCGGCCCGGCAGAGUACAUCCUCGGCAUCCAGAUCAGGCGACUCGAAGACGGUUCUAUUGCCCUGUCCCAGGAACGGUACAUCAUGGACGUGCUUGCUCGGUUCCACUUCGACACCACGACUCGCGGCACUACAGUCCCGAUGACCCCCGGCCUUUCGCUCACCGCCAUCCCGGGUCAAGGCACCGAACGGAUCAGGUCAUGGUAUCUGCAGGCUAUCGGCUCGCUCCUCUACAUUUCGCUCGGCACCCGCCCCGACAUCGCCUUCGCCGUGUCCUACCUGGCCCGCUUCGCCAACAACCCUGGACGUCGUCACUGGAUCGCGGUCAAGCACAUCCUCCGCUAUCUCCGGGCCACAUAUCGCGACGAACUGGUUUAUGCUUGCGGCGAGACACGCAUCACGGGCGUGGUUGGCUACUCCGACGCGAACUGGGGGGCCUGCGUCGAUACGUCGGUGUCCACUAUGGGCUACGUCUUCUACAUUGCCGGAUCCGCCGUGUCUUGGUCGUCCAAGCGUCAAUCUCGAGUUGCCGAUUCUACCACCGACGCUGAAUACCUCGCCCUCUCGCAUGCUGGCAAGGAAGGGAUCUACCUCAGUCAGCUGCUCGAGGAGCUCCAUGUCCAACCUGUUGCACCGGCUCACAUUUUUACUGACAAUGAAGCCGCUGCCGCAGUUGCCCACGACCCUGUCCGCGUCUCCGGCACUCGACACAUACGCUUGCGCGAGCACUUUGUUCGGGACAUGGUGAAUCGGGGCGAUAUCUCACUCUCGCAUGUGGGAACCAGCAACAUGGUGGCCGACAUCUUCACAAAGGCUCUUGGCCCAAAGAUUUUCUCGACACACUGCUACGCACUAGGCCUUCGCACUCGACACCCACGGCUUGGAUCUGCCUCGCAUUCGCGUGGGGGGGGGUGUGAAGAGUCCACUCUCAGCUCGACAGGGGCGCCUCGGUCGUUGCGCGCGCCUGCUAGCCUGGCCCCUGUGGUGGGGACUUAG